CUACUGCAUUGUUCAUUCAGCGAUAACACUACAUUAGGUAUCGACAUAGAUAGCGUAAGCUCAACAAUAAUGGCUGCCUUAAAUUGUGUUUGGGAUAUUUUUGAAAAAUAUGGAUACUCUCGUUUAUCGGCAGACAAACGGGUAGAGAUCUAUAACAAUUGUAAUGAAAUCGGAAGCUUGUUCUAUAGACAAAAAUCAAACGAGGAUAUCGAUCUUGUAAUUGCUGGGAGCCGUGGGGAAGGAAUCGGAUUACAUUUCGACUGCGAUAUUGACAGACUCUUCAUUCAGCGUUCAGCUAUGGGUUUUCACUCAUACCCAGUAACCUCGGACCGUAAGCGUUUUGAUGCGGAAUUUGAACUUGACUUUGACCAUGCACCAAGCGGAUAUUGUCGAUUAAGAUUAAUGUCAAUACAAGAAAAAAUAGAUCCCGAUUCAAGAAACGCAAGUUUUCUACAAAAUAUAGAAAAUUCCCUCAAUGAGCAAAAUGGACAUAAGUAUCUACGGAAUGAUCGAAUGCUGACAUCUGCAAUGAGUCAUUUAAAACAGGAAGGGUGGCUGGAAAGGAGCUUUGUAUAUGAUGUUGCUAAAGGGCCUGCGCAACCGUAUGAAUGCAAACUACCUUACACAAAGUUUUCAUUAAACUUUGACGAUGUAUUGGCUUUACAAUGCUCUUAUCCCUCGAUAGUGAAUGAGUGGUGUGACCGUCGAAGACAUCACGGGUGGCCAAGUUCAGAUGUGAUCGAAGAGGUGAGACGUUUAGAUGUUCUUGCUGUACCGGUCGGAGAGACAGAAGAUGACGUAAUGCAAUGGAGAAUCAGCUUAGUGCUUGGAGAACUCGCACUAGUACGUUCUUUUAAUGACACACAAUUAAAAGUAUAUGGUGCAUUAAAAAUGCUUGCAAAGGCCGUUUUGAAGAAAUCAAGUGAAAACCUGUCAUCGUAUGUGAUGAAAAAUGUUAUAUUUUGGAUAUCAGAGAGUACAGACAUUCACAAUUUUGAGAGAAAUCAAUUCUUACAUCGGGUCAUAGACGGGCUGAAAUAUUUGUGUAAGUGUGUGUAUGACAGAAACCUUCCAAAUUACAUGAUUCCAGGAAGAAACUUGUUGAUACACAAGAUAUCAGAAAAUGAAAGAGUCAAAGUAUUACAGGACUUGGAUAAUUUCCUCUCAGACGGUGAAAGCGUACUAUUACAAUGUUCAGAGAUCAAACAUCUUCUUGGUCAAGACGCUCAGAUAAGAUCAAGGAUGAUUGACAAGAACGAAAACGCGGAGCAGGCGAUUAUUUCUUUGUUUUCACUCCCACCAUUAAAGGGUUUAGAAAUGAUGCUACAGUUAUUCAUAAUAAAGACAGGCGAAGAUUUAAUCAAUUUCUAUAGGAAAAACAUUUUUCCAAUCAUAAGAGAGACAAAUCCGUUUGAAUUUUUCGACGACUUCAGCAGCAAGACUGACGAAGAAAUUUUAGAGUUCGUAGAAAGACCAGAGUCAACGCUCACCAGUAGCACAGAGGAGAAUGUCUCGAAAUAAGCGACUGAGAUAGAGGUUUGUGAAGGCAUUGAUGCUUUGAAUAAAAAAUAGUCGCCGAAAGAAAAGAAAAUGUUUGGUGCCAGCUGAUGUACAUAGCAAAGCUAAGAAACAGGAAACUAUCGUUGAAAAUACAGUUGGAAAGAAUCAAGUACAGUAUGAAGUUAAGAUAUAGAUGCCAGCGCUAAAAGCAUUGCAUCAAAUAAAACACACAUAUAUCUGGAUAAAACAUUUAAACUGAGAAGUGAUGUAAUCUUUGAAAGAUUAUUGGACUCUUUUUAACAAAUUAUAUAUGUUUUACUUGUUUGAUCGAAUUUGUUGAUCAAAUGUAAUAAUAUGUACAAGUCAUCGCAAUCCUCCCGCACCCCGCCCCCUCCCAGCAACGGUUUAAGCGGAAUUCUAUUACAUAUGAGAACUGAAUAGACCCUAUGAUUUCUAAGGGCUAGGAAUAAUAAUACUGGGCAAGAGGCUACUUUUUACUACCACCACACACCUCUGGGGAUGUUACAUACUCUUAAUUAUGAUAAACCCUUUCUGUAAACAGUCGUUAGGUACCUUUCUGUGAUUUGGAAAAAAAGUUUUAACUAUGUAAGAACUAAGUAAGUGACCAGUCCAUCAAACCCAUCAAACUACUAAGAUUCAAGUAUGAUCAAAAGUAUAAAUCAAUGUAAAAUGCAAAUAUUUAUAUAGACGAUCACAUACAUAUUUAUUUAAACCAAACAUUUUUCUUACCUAGCAAAUACAGCAUUCAUGACGUAUGAAAGUUUUGUAAUGUUUAAUAUGGCCACUUAAGGUAGUUCUGCACGUUUAGAUCGAAAAUGUUUCUACAAUGUAGAAUUUGAUAAAACUUAAAUAAAACCUCAGAAUCUACUUAGAAAAUUCAGCAAAUUAAAAAUGAUAGGGUCAUGUGCUUGAUUUUUUAGAAGACUGAUUUGAAAAUAAAGUGGACCUCACGCAAGUUUACAUAAUGAGAAUUUGUGGGAAAAUCACAGCUUUCAUUACUUAUUCGUGAAUAUAAUUUUCUACAAUGCAGAUUUUAAUGAAACUUCUCACAUUUUGGUGAAAGAAAAUGUAAAGGUCCUUGUGCUUAUUUUUGAGAUAUUUGACCAUGAUUAAAGCGACCAGCACAUUUCAAGCUUAUUUUAAGACAUAUUUUAAAUUAUCUUACAUGUCAAAUGUUUUAACGUCAUAUUUUAACUUCAAAAAGAUAGUAAGAGUGCCAUUGUAAUAAAUUUAAUCACAGGUUGCCAUUAAUUCAUAAACUGAUUUUCAUUUCCGUACGCCGAAUCUAGUCUUUAUUCUACGUAUUCGACGUUACGCUAUCACUUCCGGUUUAUCAAACGUGCAGAACUAACUUAACCUAUCACAUUAUUCCCGAUAUUAGGCAUAAUUCCUGAUAUUGUGCAGAUUAUUUUUCAUAUGCGAUUUUAUAACUCAUUUAGCUUAAACAUCAGGCGAUCUAUCUAGAACCAUCAUGGCAUUCUUGUUUUAAGCUUAAGUUAUCACGAGUACUCGACUUAUUAUUUCUAGCGCACGACAUAAUGUUUUAAGCACGGGACUUAUUAUUUUGAUCGCUCCAAAUCUUAUCUUAUAUGAUGCUUACAGUAAAACUAAAUGAUUCUUACAAUAUAUUGACCAAACAACCAAUUUAAACUGAUUGUGAUGUUUUAUAUAAAACAUCUUAUUUAUUAAAAACCUACCAAUUGUA